AAUGAACGCCCCAAGCAAGGCUUGGAUAUUAUCCAAUCAAGGUUGAAAGGGAUAAAAUCGUUGAAUCUCGAAGUUGCAGAAUAUUUUAAAGAACGCGCCGUAUUGGAAGAUAAUUAUGUAAAAGGUCUUCAACGGUUGGCGAAUAAGCCAUUUAUAUCGGAUAAAUCGAAUUUGGGUGUUUGGGAUAUACUUUUUAAUGAGACUAACGAACUAAUUGAAAUCCAUUCGGCCUUUAUCAAAAGAGUGCACGAGGAAGUCGAAGCUCAACUACGCGAAAAAGUAACGUCCGAUUCAGAAUGGGCGCAGUUGAAACAGCAUGAAACCAAUUUAAGUAAAUUAGCACGGGAACACGAGGAAAAGCACGCUAAAGUUAACAAGAAAAGAAGCAAAACUGAAAAACUUGUCGGAAAAAAGGCCGAAUCCUUUGAAAGUAAAUUGAUGGAAGUACAAAGAGCGUUUGAACAAACGCAUAACGAAUGGACCGAUUCAUGGUCGCAAUUUCUUGAGAGAAUACAAGCAGUUGACAUGUCAAGGUUAUUGAAGUUAAAAGAAAUAUUAGUCGGUUUUGAAACAAUACAAGCUGAAUCCUAUCAAAAUAGAACUCUAAAUUCCAUAAUGGACUUUGACGCACAGAAUGAAAUUGAAUUUUUUUGUGCUAAGAAAUCGGGAGUCGAAGAAUCCAUGGUAUCGCAAAUGGUAGCUCAUAAUGGUGCGGGGAACGAGAGUGAUGGGUUCAAAAGUUCAAGUAGUGUUUCCAAUUUUCAGAACGGUCAGGCACCAUCUUCUACGUCAAAAGUUUCUGUAAAUGAAGGAUCUUCGAUUUCUACUUCAGAAUCAAAUCAAGUAAAUGGUUCCCUUUCAGACGUCGGUGUUAGAAAUAGUACUUAUAGUACACUUGCCGAUCCUUCCAUGGGUUCGCCUUCAAAUACGGCUCAAUCACCAACAUCUUUUGAAUUUCCAGAAUCUGUCAAUUAUCAAAUCACAGCACCUGGUUCUGAAGUAUACCCACAUGGAUUGCAUGCAAUUAUAUCGGAGACCAUUAAUGUAAUGUCCAAGAGAGGAGAUAUUGUGAAGAUUUUUGUAACGGGGGAAAUAAGUAUUUCGUACAAUUUUCCGACCAUAGAGGAUCACUCAACGCCAAUUAGGAUUCGGAUAAAAAAUUUCGAAGCAUUGGAAAAAUUUGUACUUAACACAUCAUAUAUGCGUGAUGUCCCGGAAAGUCCCGGACUCUAUGAUAUUGAUACCAGUUCGUUCUCUCUUUUGGGUGGUGCUCCGGUAGCGGUGAUGAAAUAUCAACUUAAAAUUGAUCACACAAACAGGAAUCUAUUUGUACCGCUACAGGUCAUUCCACAAUGGAAAUGCGACCCGAACCUUACGCUAGUAAUGAUAAACUAUCAAGCCAAUCCUGAAUGCCUACUCUCUGGAAAGUUGACCGAUCUUUCAUUUAUAAUACCCGUCGAUGGAAAAGUUGAAACCGCACAAUCAAAUCCGACCGGUGUAUGGAGCACAGAAAAGCAGAUGAUGUAUUGGAAAGCUGAUGAUAUAGAUUUGGCAGUCCCUCCUGAACGAAAAAGAAUUUUAGCUCGUUUCGAGACUCUAGAAUUAUCUAAGCAUGCACCAGCAACCAUCAAAUUUGUAUGCAAGGGACAAUUACUUAGUAAAAUUUCCCUAGAAAUACAAAAGGUUAUUCCGAAUGGAAAUGGUGUCCAUGAACAUGACGGUCACCUCGAAAUCGACGAUAUUUUUAAAUUUAAAGAG